GUUAGAAGGGCUGCACACGCUGAUCAAAACUCAUGUUUGCGACUGGAGCUAUACCUUUAACAUCACGAAAGUUUGGAGCUUCAGCUCUCACUAGAAGCUCAAGACUGUUUGGAACGGAGCGUGGUGGCCAAAGAUCAAAUGAAACAUUGAAACUUGUCUUUGGUGGGACAACAGCUAUUGCUGCAGUCGUAGCUGCUAUUGGAACGAUGAGGACAGCAGAGGCUGUGAAAAGUGAAGCUCGCAGUCACAGCAGAGCAGCUCAAAUGUCAAGUCUGUAUAAAGAGUACACGAGCGUUGGCAAGUGCAUGUCAGAAAUCGGCUAUUUUUACCAAGACAGACAACGUCGUAAAGACGAUGCUGACAAAAAGCCACUAAAUGAACGUCUGAGACCAGAUAGAGAAUCCAUUGCUAAAGAUUGGGCUCAUGAAAAAAGAUCUGUGGGUCAAAAGCUGUCAGAAGAAGUGAGGGCUGUUGAUCACUGUCGUCAAGUGACCACAAAUUUUUUCAAAAAUGCAUACAUGCUGCUCGAUAAAGGUCUCAUAGACAAGGAUGUAUUUGAAGAGAGCUUUUAUGCUCGUUCUGGAAACUUCAAGCGUUUGGUGGAGCCUCUCGAUAAGGCCAACUUCGAUCUGGUGAACCAGAAUCCUAAACAGAUCUACAAAGAUGGGAACAACAGACCAGCAAUUUACGUGAGAAUUGAACAAGGCGAAAAGGACCCUGCCUUGCAACAGUACUUUUGAAACCAAGUCAGUGAGAUGCUGGAAACAAGUAUGUGUACACUUACACGAAUUGCCUUUUUCCCCGAAUGUGUGUAAUGGCGAACGUUUUCCUACAUUUUUGUUGUGAGUUGUGGGUUAAACUAAUGUACAACGCUGGCUGCAUAAAUGAUAAAGAUAUCAAGCUAAUCAAAUAACAAAUUACUUUUUCCUGCAAGUCACUACUGUACGUAUACAGUCUACGGAACUACCUCUCGCGUUAUGUUCCAAAUGAAGAUCCGGAUAAGCCCUAUCCUUCUCUAAUGCCAAAUCCCGUAUAACAGGACCUGGCUACUUCACGGGUGAUGAACACUCUCAGUAGAGCCUUCCUUCACCAGUUGCUGUCGUUGGUAGUGAAAGGAAGUCUAGAGGCGUCGAUUUGACAAUGUAGGGCGUGUGUCAGACUGCUUGACUUCGUGGAAAGACGGCGAAAGUUGGGGUGAGUUGUCGUUGUUGCGACCGUAGCGCCUUCCUUUGUCAAUUUUGUCCACGGAAAGGCCCCGGCCAGCAACCCAAUGUUGAUCACCCUACGGUAGCAUAUACCUUUGUCGACUGUUUGAAGGAGUUCGAGCUCGACUCUUCUCUUCUAGUGCACAGAAUAGGAUGAGGAACAUGGCGCUUAGCGACCGGAAGUUUGUGGUUUUCAAGUCGUCGUUAUUGCCCGGUGAUUCAUCGUUUUCAAGGUAUUCACAUUCUUUUGAAUUUGGUAGGCAUUAUAGCAUGCCGUCGUGGUGUUGUAAGGUGCUUGGUGGUGAUUUCAGGUACUUGUGGGAUAAUUUAUUGAGGCUUGUCAACGCGUUACGGUGUGGGAGCCCAACUUUUGAGCCUCCCCUGCAUUUUGUCCAAGGGUCAGAAGACUAGUUAGGGCUCUCCUAGUGCUGUUCAGAUGUAAAGAUUUUGUUUACCGCUAGUCUUUUAGAAUCCUCGUCCUCUGGUAGUGUAUAGAGUACUUAGCAACAUCUGCAUUUCGCCUUGCAUGCCAAUUGUUGUAGGCGGGGCAUACACAAGUUAGUGCUAAGCUUUACCAGCUGCAUUCUGUGCCAUUGUUGCACGUGGGAACGCUGGCAAUUUGCGAAUCGUGUGUACUCCGAGUCGUCUUCAGUGGCUGCUUGGUCUGUUUGACACACUGUAAACACUACAGCGGCGGUGUAAAUAAUUUCACUGUUUGAUUGUGUACAGGUAUCCUCCUGUCCAUCUCCAUUGCUUGUCGAGGAGUUGGUCUCACAGCGCUCUUGAUUUGUUUGAGGCAUUUAAUGACUUGAAAGUGGUGUGGCUAGUUGUGCGUGUAGCGGCGGUUUUUUCUCCUUAUUUUUGAGAAUGAGCAGGGAAAUGAUGCCAUCUAUUUCAGGAAAAAAUGAUGCCAUCUAUUACAGCUUUACAGCAGCACAUAUGUAGAGCCCAGUAUGUAGUUCGUUUAGCAUAUGAGAGUCCCUAGCAUACAUCCAGUUUUGCUGACUUUCAUGACUGUGGAUGCCUUUGUAGUGAAAAUGAUGUAAUAUGUGUUGUCUGGGAUACUGCUCAUGGAGCCAAGACUGCUAGCAUGGUUGAGAUGAACUACCACUGUAGCUGUUGCACUGGUUGUGUUGGAAGUAGGGGAGGCUGCAAGAGCUGUUUUCAAAACUGCCAACCUUGCACCGUCUGUUGUAGAUGGAGAGGCAACUGUCAGAAUCCCCACAACAGAAAUGGUGUGUGUACUCGCUGUAGGGCUAGAGUACAUGAUAGAAUUAGUGUACUGGUGUGGGCUAAUGAGACACUUAUUACACGUCCAAGUUAUUCAAACCAGGACCCACAGUUGCUGGAUGUUGUUGAUGCUGAUGACAAGUCGAGUAGUGAGGCUGGCACAGACUGUGAGGAUGAGGAGGUGAAAAUUGAGGGAGAUUUCACUGGGCAGCCAAAUAGAUUACCCAAGGUGUUCCCAUCCUACAGUCAUUUAGCACACAGUGUGAGUGACCUUUAUCAUGAAGGGAGCUCCACUGAAGAAGACUAGAUGUUGAUGGUGAGAAACUGGCAUCCUGUCUGUGUACAAAAAUUUACAUUACUUGGGGGGUCAGUCAAGGUUAGGUAACUUGUAGGUACGUAAUGUAAGAUAUUGUGUGUAAUCAACUAAAAUUAAUCAAACAUAAUUAUGCCUCGGUGCUCAUGUGCAGUGGAGGUGCACAGUAGUCUGCUGGAGGGGGUGCACGAUGGAUUUAACAACAAAAUGACUCACACCUGUAAGAAGUGAUGUUUUCUUGGAUUUUGAUUCAUGAAUUCAAAAGAUAAAGCUUUAUUUCUUAGUUAUGGGUGAUUUCUCAUUGCACAUGUGCAGUAAACGUAUACUGUAAUCUGCCCCAUGUGUUUGCCCUACUGAACUUUGAAUGCCCAGUUGAUUUUGCACCUAGGCAUCAGCACCCCUGGUGCUAUUACUAUUAGCACCUGGUGCUAUUACUAUUAGCACAGGUAAUAGGUCUUGUGGACUGUUCAAAGACUAGACAGACUUGGGCGGGUCAAUGAAAUCCCGGAUGUUGCAUGGCAACACAUCAGGUUGUGUGAGUUGACCUGACCGUCUCUUGUGUUUAUAUACUGUUUGACAUUAACACUGCUGGCAGCAGAUCAUGGUCACAGCACACAAUUGAAGCUGCACAAAGGGCAAUCACUGUGAAGAUUCCUAGGUCGACAGCAGAAUCAGUAGGACAUGCUUUACUCUGCGUAGAUCACUACGAGAGACUACCUGCUGGGGUGUGGUGCCUCCAAAGAAUAGAAACUUGUCCAUAACUUUCUUACGCAGGGCUGUGGAAGAAAAUAGAAAAUACUGGACUGUCGACAAGGCAUUGCCACUGUUAACAUACAAUUAGAAUUGUUGCUGUCUUCUACAAUUGAGAAUAUACAGACCUGUUGUCUU